UAUAUAGAUACAACACAAGAUAAAAAUGGAAACCAUCAAUUAGAUUACAAACUGCUAGCUAUACAUGGUAGUUAGAAUCAGCAGGAUCAGCGCCAGAUCAGCGUCAGGACUUCCAACAGUUGCGCGUGCGUGAUCAGCCCUCUGACAUCCUCCCGACCCCCGCACGCCCGCCCGACCGGCCGCCUUCGCCCCCUCCGCCCCCGCACACCCGCCCGACCGGCCGCCCCCUCCGCCCUCGGUCGCAAGCUUCGCCGCUGGCUGGCCACAUCUGACCUGGGGCGUUCACGGUGGCGGCCUCGGCGUGGAGAUAAACAGUGGACGUGCGGAGGCACAUGGCCGGUGUUGAGGAAGCUUCCGCAGCUGACAUGCCGGGUCUACGAAAGCUUUUAUUGUUGGGAGUCCUGAAAUAAUUUGUUGAAAGCCUCCUGGUUCUCCAGUGUUCGUUUCGGCCUUUGGCUGAGACAUCUGUGCGUCCCCCCUCUCUAUAAAAGUUGACAAAAGGAGAGAUUUUUGCAUCUUUGGGGCAAUUUCGGAACCAUCUCGCCCCAGACCAGGACGACGCCGACGCGAUUUACCCUGAGAUCAGAAUUCAGGAGUGCGUGUUUCUCCGUCCAGCACGUGUAAAUUAUCUCAGCAAGUUGAUCAAUUUUGGGUGACAUGACGACGAGCAAUAAGAGGAGGGAUGUAGCAUCUGGUGGUGCGCAUGUGCUCCCCGAGGAGAUAAUGACAGAGGUGUUCCUGCGGCUGCCUGUCAAAUCCAUCCUCCGCUUUCGGGCCGUCUGCCGGUCCUGGGCUGCAGUGCUUUCAUCCGAGGAAUUCUGCGACCUUCACAUGUCCAAGGCCGAGGCGGCGUCAGUGCCACCUAAGCUGUUUUUCACCUCACCAACAACUGGUUUCGAUGCCACUGCAGUGUAUUUAGGCUCAUCGUCGGGCCCUGAUGAUGGCCUGCUGUUCACUCUGAACAAUGUACGUGGUGACUUCGUGGACAUGACAUCUGCUCCGUGCCGUGGCCUCACCCUUCUAUACGACGCUGUGGCGCCAGCUUACUAUGUUCUCAAUGCAUCCACAAGGGCAGUCACCCGGUUGCCGCCUUGCCAAGAUGUGGCGUUUGCGACUGCUGGACUCGUGUUUGAUGCCCAAACAAAGGAGUACAAGGUGGUGAGGUUAUUCAAUGGGAAAUAUCUUGAGAAGCAGCAUAUUAAGUGUGAGAUAUACGUGCUGGGUGGUGAGCAAGGGGAUUGCUGGAGGCCAGCUGUUGGAGGGGUACCCUUCAGGUUCUGCACGGCUGCUGGUGUCGUUAUUAGUCAUGCAGCAUUGCAUAGACUGCUGCCGGUGUUUGCAAAUGGAUUUCUGAAUUGGCUUAUCCAUCCUGGUUUUGUUGUCAUAAGACCUCGAGCUGCCAUCCUAUCCUUUUCUGUCACAGAUGAGUCCUUUAGAUGGGUCCGGUCACCGCCCUUCGUGGUAUCAGGUGUGCACUUGGUGGAGCUUGCUGGCCACUUGUGUAUGGUUCGAGACCUUCGUAAUGUCUCACCUUAUUAUAGCAUGUUGGAGAUUUGGAAGCUGAACGAUUAUAGCUCUGGUGGUUGGUCACUGAAGCAUCGCAUUGAUUUAUUACAGUGUGUUGCUAGAGAUUUAAUUGAGCCACAGAUUAUUAGAGUUAUCGGUUCUGUUGGCACUUGCGGAUCAACGGAGAAGGUAGUCAUUGCUACGUCCAAGCGCAAGGUGGUUGUCUAUGAUCCUGUGUUUGAAACUCUAGAAACCGUUCUUGCAAUCAGAGAAACCUAUUCAUCUUAUCAAACUGAGCAAUCCGCUCUUAGAGUCUCUUUAUUUAAAGAGAGUCUUGUUCCAGUACGUCAGACAAAUGAAGAGAUGACCUUGUCAACUCCCCUGGCUAAGGUGACCAGGGAGAUCCUACUCCGACUCCCAGGUGAUUAUGCCGUGCAGUCCAAACUUGUCUGCAAGCAGUGGCUUAGGUUGAUCGAGAACGAAAGCUUCAUGCACUCUUAUUGUUCACAUAACAACAUGGACAGGAGGCCGAAGAUCAUGCUUGUGGGCAAGGGCAAUGGAGGAUCGGGCUUCAGUUUUGCUCCCCUAAAUAAAUUGCUGCAGCACACUCCCAAUCAUGAUACAUGGCUUGACACAAAGGUGGUUUGCUCCAAGCCUUGCCAUGGUAUGAAUCUGAUUAGCACUGAAAUGGAGGACUACCUCUACAACCCUUGCACAGGUUACCGUCGUGUCUAUCUCACUCGAGGGCGGACCACUCAUGUGCCCUGGAAUAAUAAUCCUGGCUAUGGAUAUAUGCCAGAAGACCAUGCUUUUGCUGUUGGCAAUAAGAAUGUCGGCUUGGGGUUCAAUCUGUUGAUGCAGGAGCAUGUCAUUGUUAAAUUUUUGUAUCACCGGAAGGAUUUCAAAUCCCGUCAAUAUUUAUUAACAUGCUCAGUUACUACCUGUGGCAUUGGCUGUGUGCAAUGCCACUUCCAUCCGCCUCUGCCUGUGAAUGACAUGCCACCAGCCUAUCUCGUAGGGGUGCUCUACUGGAUGAGUGAACCAAGGUUGGGCCGGAGUUAUGAGAGGGCUAUUGUGUCAUUCGACAUAGCAACAAAUAUGUUUGAUGUCAUCCCCUGUCCUUCGUACUUUGCAAUGUGGAACAAAAGUCCUUGCCUAGCUUUUGUGGUAGAGCUUGAGGGAAUGUUGUGUGCUGUUCUUGCAAAUCCAGUUGCAGAAGAGUUAGAUAUUUGGAAGUUGGAGCAUGGUCAAUGGGAUAGAGCACAUAAAGUAUACUUGAAAGGUUGGUCGGACUAUUCCCUUGGAACAAAUGUUGUGGUGCCGUUGGCUGUUGAUCCCAAGGAUGGGAGGAUCUUGCUGAGCACAGGGAGGAAGCUAGGCCUGUAUGAUCCAACAAUGCAUUUUAUUGAAAGCUUAUAUGAUCUUGAUGAGAUGCUACAUGUUAGAAACACAGAGCAAUCUUCACUUUCUGGAGUUUCUGAAGGUUCUGGCAUUAACAAAUGCAAGCAUUCCGUCAAGAAGUUCAGUACGUGGAAGACACCGUUAACGCAGCACAAGAUCUUUAAUGAGCCUUCGCCUGCUUUAUCUGGGAAGAAUUCUGCCAGCUCCAGUGGCGUGCAAUCUUUGGAGGAAAUAAAUCCAUUAUACACUAAAAUUAUGCCCUUGGUCCCUAUGUUAUACGAGGAGAGCUUGGCAAGUUAUCCGCGUGUGCGCAAAGCAAGGAGUUUAGAACGAUAACAUGUUGCUAGUUAAAAUCUACUCUUUUUUAUUUUUGUUUAAUAACUAGUUCUGGGACAUUCGCAUGUUGCCGACAAGCCCCUUCAUCACCAAUGUUAUUACUGUUCUAGUAUAUUUUGAUAAUGUAUUUGUGUCUCUUGAUGUUUCUUCUA